CAUAUGCCGCUCGUCGGAAUGCCCAAGGCAGUGAUAGAUCGUCGUUCGAACUUCGCUCCAGGGAUCUGCAACAGCUUUUCUUUUUGCAGUUUGCGCUGCCGCGUCUGUAGACGACGGGCGUCCCUAUUCCCAGAACACCUUCCACCAAACCCCGUGUUCCUUCUUGCAAGCCGGAUAUUGCGGAAUCAGAGUGUAUUGCGGCGCGUCCGCGUAAACGAGAUCCGGUCGCAAGUUAACCCAAAAGGACCUCCCUGCAUAUACAAUGGAUUCCCUACGGAACUUCGAAUUCCCGCUGGCUAUCUGGUAAACACAGACAGAGACAGAUGGGAUUUCCACUUCGCUAGGAACAUCUCUGGCACGCAUAACUGUAAAAACAUUCUCACUUCCGUGACCAACGCCCAAAAAGAACGUUAGUGAAUGAACUUCUGUAUAGAGGAAGGAAUAUAGUUUCGUGAUCCACGAAUGCUCGCGUGCGGGUUUUAAUACCCAAGAGGAGAAUCACUGCUCCUUAUUACCUCUCUGCAUUUCA